AUGCAGCUACGUGGAGCUUCAUCUGCCAAGAACUUGUACCGUAAAAUCCUUCUACCCAAAAUCCCAAUCCAUGCAACCCCCUGUGAUAUCUUUAUUAACCACCGAGGAAUUGAUACGAAGAAAAACAUAGCGGGGUUGCUCCAUGACCAUUUAUUCAGGAUGGGGUUAAGGCCCUUCCUGGAUAGCCGAAACAUGAAGCCCGGUGACAGACUAUUCGACGAAAUCAAUCCCGCCAUUCGCAAUUGUAAAAUCGGUUUCGCCGUCUUUUCGCCCAAUUAUUGCGAUUCAUACUUUUGCCUCCAUGAGCUUGCUCUUCUCAUGGAGACUAAGAAGAGGGUUAUACCCAUAUUUUGUGAUGUUAAACCAUCACAGCUUCGAGUUAUGGAUUAUGGGACGAGUUCGGCCGAGCAGCUGCAAAGGUUUAGCUUGGCUCUCGAGGAGGCAAAGGACUGGUCGCAUUUCUUGAAUACUGCAACCGAUGCUGUCAUUAAGAAUUUGGAGGAGCUGGAAGCUGGAAAAUCAAGCUAGACAAGUACAUAUAUUGUGCAGAGCGUCGUGAAUGAAAAUGAACAUUCUUUAUUCACUAAGGCAUUCUAUGUUUUUGCCUUUAACCCCAAGUUUUUUUAUUAGUAUAUUCAUCAAUUCAAUCAUUUUUUUGGUAUAUAUAGGAAAAACUGAAACCGGAAAUUUACUUCCUAAACACUGGCAGGGAGAUCUCCAAAUAAGUUGCAAGAUUUUGUAAAAUUAUUCCUCUUUUUUCUUUAGAUCCCCUACAUUGAUCACAAU